UCAACGACUCCGGAAAGGACCGUAUAGUUGAAAUAUUUAAUUUGCUUGCAGUAAAAUAAACCUAAUAAUAUGGAUGAAUUGUCGAGGGAGGAGCAGGACCUGCUUAAAGAUACCUUCAAGAUCUUGGACAAGGAGAACGAAGGAGCCAUCACCUCCAAGGAACUGGGGCUGGUGAUUCGAGCACUGGGUCGCCAGCCCAACGAGUCCGAGGUGCAGUCCAUGAUAAAUGAAGUGGACUCGGAUGGAAAUGGAAACAUCUCUGCCGCGGAAUUUUGCAAUGUGAUCCUGCGCAAAAUGCGCGAUACAAAUAGGGAGGAUGAGCUGCGCGAUUCCUUUCGCGUUUUUGAUAAGGAGAAUAAUGGCUAUAUCUCGGCUACAGAGUUGAGGGCCAUCUUUGUGGCACUGGGCGAAAAACUAGGCGACGACGAGCUGGAGGAUAUGAUACGCGAGUACGACAUCGAUCAGGACAAUCAUCUCAAUUUCGAGGAGUUUGUCAACAUGAUGACCUUGCGUUAGUCUCCUCACGAAACUAUACAAUAAUAACACAUACCUUGUCUACAUUUUGCACUGAAAAAGGAAACUAAAUACGUUUAUAGUAAGAAUGUGUUAUUGUAUAUUUUAUAAUGGUUAAACCAAAUUAAAUGGUUGUGCAUAUGAAAAUAAAAAACCAAGCCGAAAAAGUA